AUGAAUGAACAUCAUCGGUCAAUAUUACAUCGAAUUGAAUUACGUCGUAGAAGUGAACGAGAUAAAUUUGGUUUUGCAAUACAAUAUGAACAACCUUGUUCAAUAUGUGUUUAUUCAGGAAGUUUAGCACAAGCAUGUGGUUUACGUUCCGGACAAAUUUUAGCUAAAGUUAAUGGAUAUAAUGUACUUGAUGCAAGACAUGAUGAUGUUAAAAGACUUGUUUAUGCUAAACAUACAAAUGUUCUUGUACUUGAAGUUCUUGAUCCCGAUGAUGAUAUUGAUGAAGAUGAUAGUAUUAAUUGUAAAGAAAAUAUUUUAUCCCCAUCAUCUUGUCAUAUAACAUCGAAAAUCUCAGUUAAUGAUGGACAUCGUGGACGAAUUCUUCGUGAUGUUAAUACAAUAUCAUCAUCAUCAUCAACAGUUAAUAAAUAUCCUAUAAAACAUUAUUAUAAAAAAGCUCGAGAAUCUUUAACAUCAUCAUCACAAGAUUCAACAGCAAGUACAGCAUCAGAUCCAAUAAUAAAUCAUCAAAAAUCUUUUCCUAAUAUAAAUCGUCAACGUCUUUCCAAAGUAUUAAUUAGUACAAAUCUUCGAAUGUUAUUAUCACAAAUAAAUGAUAUUAUUCUAUUAAAAGAUAUGUAUUCAUCGUUAACACCCGGUGUUAAUCUUAUUGAUUCACAAUCAUCAUUAUCAUUUAAACAUCAAACAUUAUAUACAUUUUCAUCAAUUGAUUUUCUUGGUUAUUUUGAUAUUGAUCAUAAUAAUAAAAAUCAAACAGAAUUAGUUAAAAAAAUACAAAAAUUUCUUAAACGUUCAAUAUUAAAUCCAACAUCAACUAAAAUACAAUUUCAUAUACAAUGUAAACAAUUUCAAAUCAAUCCACUAUGGUUUAAAUUCUUAGCUGGAAAAUAUUUAAGUUAUAUUUGUUUAUUUCAUACUCAACCAACAUUAUUUGCACUUAUACUUUAUUGUUCAAUUAAAACUGAUGAAAAUAUAAAUAAAUUUCAAUAUGUACAUAAUUCAAGUUCAAUGUUUGUUUUUCGUGCAUCAUCAAUUGAUGAACGGAAUCGUAUUAUUCAAUGUUUAUUUACUCGAGCGAAACAUUGUUCAAAUCAACAAUGUAAUAUGGAUAAUAAACAUAGAAAAAAUAAUUUAGAUGAACCAGAUACAUGUUCAACAAAUAGUUCUUGUGCAACAUCAAUUGAUUCGAAUAUUGAUUCUUGUACAACAGGAACUACAUCACAAUCAUCUGUUGAAUCAUCAUCACCAAAUCCAUUACGAUCUUCAAUUGAAGAAGAUGAUGAAGAAGAUGAACGAAGUAUUCCUCCACCACCUGAAUUUGGUCAAGAUGAUGAUUCUUGUCCAGUUCCAUGUUCAUCAUCAUCUUCAUCGUCUUUAUCCGAUGGUGAUUUACUCGAUAAUGAUUUAGGAGGAACAGGUUCAUCAUCAACCACAACAACAACAAUGACAGGUCAAUUCUUAUGGAUUGAUCAUCAACCUCGUCGACAUUCAAUUGCUAAUGAUUCACAUUUGAUUGAUACAAAUGCUUUUCGUUAUCAUCCUUCAAGUCCAUUUGUUGAUCAUCCGCCAUCUAUUGAAGAUUUACGUGCACGUUUUGCUUCAGCUUAUAUUUUAACAACUGCUUCGUCUAUAACAGCUAUUAAUAAUGAAGAUGAAUUAUUAUCACAACAUGAAACAAGUAUUAAUGAAGGUUCAAUUGAUUUUAAUGAACAACAUUGUUUAGUAACAUCAUGGGCAUUGUCUUUUGAAAAACUACUUAAUGAUGAAAUGGGUCUGCAUAUAUUUACAGAAUUUUUAAAAAAAGAAUUUAGUCAAGAAAAUAUUCAAUUUUGGAUUGAAUGUGAAAAUUUCAAAAAAUUAACAGAUCCAGAUGAGAUUCGUACGAAAGCUAAUACAAUUUGGACAACAUAUUUGCAUGAUACUGAUGAUGGUUCAUGUCGAAUCAAUAUUGAUAAUCGAACAAGACAAGAAUGUCAACAAUUAUUAUUAAAUAAUCCUAGUAAUCAUAUUUAUGAAAAAGCUCAAUCUCAGAUAUUUCAAUUGAUGAAGUAUGAUUCCUAUACAAGAUUUUUAAAGUCAGAUAUGUAUAAAGAUUGUAUUCAAAAUGGAAUUCAAGGAAAAUUAAUCUCAUAUUCAAAACAACAAAUAGUAAAAUCUAAUGAACAAAAACCAAAUCAUUUCGUUAAAUUGAAAGAAGAAGAUAAAAAAGAGAAAAAACGAAGUCCAUUUUUACCAUGGACAAAAGCUUUUUCUAAAUGGAAACGGCCAAUAACUUUAAAUACAAUACCUUCAUCAUCAAGUUCAACGUUUGAUUCAUGUUCAGUAAAAUCAUGUCAGAUAACAACAUUUAAUACGCUUCCACGUUGA